AUGGGUGACCAUGUUCUUUUCUUUUAUGGAACGCUGAUGGCACCACAAAUCCUCCAUCGUGUUAUUCAUGGUCGCGCAGACCCGGAACCCUGGCAAAAAGCGACACUUAGCUUCCAACCUGCCAUACUGCAUGGCUACCGACGCCAUCGAGUGCGGGGCGCAGACUACCCGGGGAUAAUCUCUGUAUCCGCAUCUGCAGAGUCAGAAUCCAAGACCAGAACCUCGGUCCUGGGAACUCUUGUCUCGGGUCUUACAGAUGGGGAUGUCCAUCGACUAGAUCUCUUCGAGGGCAGCGAGUAUAUCCGAGAAGGGGUCAAGGUGCGGACUUUGAAAGAUGCAUUGGAUCAAGGCCACGAGUCAAUGUCAGGUAAUUCGAAUAACUCUGGUGGGAAUCUUUGUGAUGUCCUUGAUGCCGCGAGCGCGGAGUUUGUCGACGAGGCUGAAGAGGUUGAUGCUGUAACCUAUGUCUGGGUUGCUGGAAACGAGAGAUUGGAGAGUCUAGAAUGGGAUUUUGAGUCUUUUAAGAAGGAUAAGAUGGCAUGGUGGGUUGAGUCGGAUGAGCGUGACUGGUAG